AUGUCUCUCCAAUUGUUGAAUCCAAAGGCCGAAUCUCUUAGAAGAGAUGCGGCUCUAAAAGUGAAUGUGACCUCCGCCGAGGGUUUGCAAUCUGUUCUGGAAACUAAUCUAGGUCCAAAAGGUACAUUAAAAAUGUUAGUUGAUGGUGCAGGAAACAUUAAAUUGACCAAAGACGGCAAAGUGUUGCUGACCGAGAUGCAGAUUCAAUCGCCAACAGCAGUGUUGAUCGCUCGCGCGGCAGCGGCACAAGAUGAAAUCACAGGUGAUGGUACCACCACAGUAGUUUGUCUGGUUGGCGAACUUUUGAAACAGGCUUAUAGAUUUAUACAAGAAGGCGUUCAUCCACGGGUCAUCACCGAUGGGUUUGAUAUUGCCAGAAAGGAAACGCUAGAGUUUUUGAACGAAUACAGAAUUUCCAAGAAUGGUGAGCAAGAACUAGACCGUGAAUUUCUUCUUCAAGUGGCUAGAUCGUCUUUAUCGACAAAGGUAGAACCCGAACUGACGGAGAUCUUGUCUCCUAUCGUUACUGAUGCUGUUCUAAAUGUGCAAAACGAGGAGACAGAUUCUUUGGAUUUGCAUAUGGUUGAAAUUAUGCAAAUGCAACGUUUAUCCCCAAAGGAUACGACUUUCAUCAGAGGUUUAGUUCUAGAUCAUGGAGGAAGGCAUCCCGACAUGCCAAAUAGAGUUGAAAAUGCAUACGUUUUGAUUUUGAACGUCUCCUUAGAAAAUGAAAAGACUGAGGUCAACUCAAGCUUUUUCUAUAGCUCGGCAGAUCAAAGAGAUAAACUCGCUGCUAGUGAAAGAAAGUUCGUCGAUGAUAAACUAAAGAAAAUCAUCGAUUUAAAGAAUGAAGUUUGCGGUCUAAAUUCGAAUAAAGGCUUUGUAAUCAUAAAUCAAAAAGGUAUUGAUCCAAUGUGCUUAGAUGUUUUAGCCAAGAAUGGUAUUCUAGCAUUGAGAAGAGCCAAAAGACGUAAUAUGGAAAGAUUGCAAUUGGUUACCAGUGGUGAAGCACAAAAUUCUGUUGAAGAUUUGAGUCCUUCGGUAUUAGGAUUUUCUAGUUUGAUAUACGAAGAAAGUAUUGGUGAGGAGAAGUUCACUUAUGUCACUGCCAAUAAAAAUUCAAAAUCUUGUACAAUCUUAAUCAAGGGUUCGACAAAUUAUGCAUUAAAUCAAACGAAGGAUGCCGUUAGAGACGGUUUAAGGGCUGUAGCGAAUGUGCUUAGAGAUAAAAUGGUGAUUCCAGGUGCUGGUGCUUUCUUUAUUGCUGCAGCAAGACAUCUAAGAACUUGUAAUCAAAAUAAAUUGGGUGCCACAGGGAAAACGAAGACCGGUUUGGAUGCAUUUGCUGAAGCUCUUCUAGUUGUUCCGAAGACUUUAGUGAAAAACUCAGGCUUCGACGCUCUAGACGUCCUUGCAAUGUGUGAAGAUGAACUGAAUGAGGCAGACGAAGAAGGUGAACGCAGGUACGUUGGUGUUGAUCUUAAAAUUGGAGACACAUGUGAUCCAACCAUUGAAGGCAUUUGGGAUUCAUACCGUGUCAUUAGAAAUGCGGUAAAUGGAGCCAGCGGUAUUGCUAGCAACUUACUCCUCUGUGACGAAUUACUGAGGGCAGGUAGAUCAACGCUGAAAGAAGGAGCUCAAUAA